AUGUCCACGGAGGCGGCGGCGGAGGCGGAGGCGUCGCGCCUGAACGACGCGUACGACCUCGACGACACCGCGGCGUGGGUGAGGACGAACGCGCUGCGACGCGUCGCGCUGCAGAUGCCGGACGAGCUCCUCCGCGACGCGAUGGCGGUGGCGGCGGCGUUGACGCGCCGAUGCAACGCGCCCUCCCGCGGCGGCGGCGGCGGCGGCGACGCGGAAGACAACGCCGGCGUGCGCGUGUUCGUGCUCGCGGACACGACGUUCGGGUCGUGCUGCGUCGACGAGGUGGCCGCGGCGCAUCACGCCGCGGACGGCAUCGUGCACUACGGCCGCGCGUGCCUCUCCCCGGUGUCGCGGCUCCCCGCGCGGUUCGUCUUCACGAAGCAGCCCGUGGACGUCCGCGCGUGCGCGGCGGCGAUACGCGCGCACGCUGCGACGCUCGCGGGUGGGGACGUCGACGCGGUGGUCGUUCUCGUGGACCAGGAGCACGCGCACGCGGCGGCGGAGCUGAGGGACCGCGCGUCGUCGGCGACGACGAUUCGCGGCGGCGACGGCGACGGCAGCGACGACGGCGACGCGACGCCGCCGGUCCCGGUCGUCGUCGCGGACGCGCUGCCCGUGGAGGCGCUCCCUCGGUCGCGCGCGAGAGCAGCGCGGGACGGGUGCGAGCCCGCGACGGCGUCGUCGAGCCGCGGCGAAUGCUGCGGCGGCGGCGGAUGCGGCGGGCCGUCGACGGCGGCGGCGGCGGCGGCGGCGACCCUCGUCGACUCCGAGGGCGGGCGGCGCGACGUCCACGGGGACGAGAAGAAGGACGACGACGACGACGACGACGACGACGACGGACACGGUCGCGUUGCCGGGCAGAGGUUCCGGUACCCCCCCGGCGUGACCGGGAUGCGCGCGUGCCACUUCGUCUGGGUCGGAGGCGGCGAGUCCCCCGCGUUGACGACGACGCUCGCGCUUCUCCACGGACGCUGCCGCGGCGUCUCGCAGUUCGACCCGUCCUCGAAUCGCAUCGCCCCCGAGGCGACCGGGACGGCGCAGGUGAGUCGGGUCGUGAAGCGGCGGCGGUAUCUGAUCGAGCGCGCGAGAGAGGCGAGGGUCGUCGGCAUCGUCGCCGGGACGCUCGGGGUGGCCGGGUACCUCACCGCGAUCGCGAACUUGCGGAAGUUGAUCGCGAAGUCCGGAAGAAAGUCGUACACCGUCGUGGCGGGGAAGCCGAACCCGCAGAAGCUCGCGAACUUCCCGGAGAUCGAGUGCUUCGUGUUGGUGUCAUGCGAUCAGACCGCGCUGAUCGACGGGAGGGAGUACCUCCAGCCGGUGAUCACGCCGUGGGAAGCGGAGGUGGCGUUCAGUCACGGAGAGGUGUGGGACGGCGAGGUGCGAUUGGAUUUUAAGCACUUGCUCGAGCCGGGCAGAGGCGGCGACGGCGGCGGCGACGGCGGCGGCGAGGCGGAGCCGGAGUUUUCGUUCCUCAGCGGCGGCGUCCGCGCGGCGCAGCGAGAGUUCAACAGCCUGAGCGUGGACGACGACGACGACGACGACGACGACGACGACGACGACGACGACGACGACGUCCUCGGCGACGGCGGCGGCGGCGGCGGCGGCGGCGCGGCCGCGGCGACGCAGCUCGCCGUGCGCGCGUCCAACGCCCUCAGCGCGCGCGACGCCGGCCGCGUCGUCGCCGAGGUCAACACCGGCGCGGAGUACCUCCUCGGACGAAGGACGUACGUCGGGUUGGUCCCGACGCCGAAGCGCGGCGAGGACGGCGCCAACGAAGACGCGCCGUUGAUCGCCGCGGAGGGUUUGAAAGGCCGCGCGCACGAGUACGCGAACGAGCGAUGA